AUGGAUACCCAGAUGCUCACCCCCGACACCCCAGAGCGGUCUCCGACAUGCCGCAAUGCCUUUCCCUUUGAGUCUCCGGAGGGCAAGUCAGAGACAUGGGACUUCUCCCACGAUGGCUACUACCCUAUCACUCCUCCCACAGAGGAGUGCGAGUCGGAUGAGGAGCUUGCAACCAUUGCUAGCUCCAUCGACCUCGAGGCGGAACCGCUGGUGGCCGUCAUCGGUGUCGGAUACGUUGGAGAGCACCUCGUGGGCAACUUCUCUCGCAAGUUCAAUGUUCUCGGCUUCGAUGUCUCUGAGGCACGCGUCCAGAGCCUCGAGAAAGAGUUCGGCCCAGACAGCAAGGCCAAGUUCACCUGCAAGCCCAGCGACAUGGCGGCGGCCACACACUUUCUCAUCUCUGUCCCUACGCUGUUGCGCCCAGACCAGACCAUCGACUCGUCCUUUCUGAGGUCUGCCCUCAAGAAUGUCGCCACAUACGCCCGUCCCGGCUCGGUGGUUGUCGUCGAAUCCUCCGUCGCAGUCGGCAUGACCAGAGAGCUGCUUGGUCCCUUGGCGAAGGAGCGUCACUUCUUCGCCGGCAUGUCUCCCGAACGUGUCGACCCCGGUCGUGUUGAGCCCCCUGCGUUCGCCAUCCCUAAGAUCGUCUCGGGUUUGGACGACAUGGUCCCCGGCUCGUUGAACGCCAUUGUCCGCCUCUACUCGCAGGUGUUUGACCAUGUCGUACCCGUGUCACGGCCCGAGGUCGCGGAGAUGACCAAGCUAUACGAGAACUGCCAACGCAUGAUGUGUAUUGCUUUCGCAAACGAGAUGGCCGAUGCUUGCUUAGGCCACGGUGUUGACCCAUACGAGGUGUCUGGUGCGGCGGCGACCAAGCCCUUCGGGUACAUGCCUUUCACGCCUAGUCUCGGUGUCGGCGGUCACUGCAUCCCGGUCAACCCAUACUACCUUCUCUCCAACAGCCAGUUCCCUCUCUUGCAACACGCUACAGAGAAAAUGCGCGCACGUCCAGCGGCCAUCGCUCAGCGCGCGGUCGAGACGCUGUGUGCCGAGAAGUCGCGGCCCAGUGUUCUCGUCGUUGGCAUGGGCUUCAAGAAGGGCCAGUCUCACCUGGCAAACUCCCCUGGCCUCGAGCUUGCAAAGAGCCUUGUUCUGACGGAGAAGGUCGAUGUGUGCUGGGCCGAUCCCCUGGUCAAGCAGGAGGCGGUGCCGCAGAUUGACCGUUUGGACGUCGAGGACUGGAACGUCAAGUCGCUCGAGCAGCGCUUCGACAUGGUCAUCGUUGCUUUCCGGCAAACAGGGCUUGACUUCGAUGUCCUGGGCCAGCUGGAAAAGGCUCGUGUCGAGAUGUGGUGCAACUGA